CUCUCAGUGGUACUAUCAUAUCGCUUCGUGAAUAUCGGACACAACUGUCAAAACAACAGCUAUGUCGAAAGAAAAUUCAUCGAAUUUUGAAAAGGAAGAAAAAGAUGCUUCGACCCUAUCAGAGUUAUUCGAUAAAGCGUUUGAUUUGUUCAAUAACAUAAAUAAAACAGAUGAACCUACGAACAGUUCGAAAAUUCAGUCUGACAUCAAACGAACCAUGAAUAUGUUAGAAGAAGCAACAAGAUUAGUUUCUAUAGUCGAUAUGUUUAGCCAAAAUGAAAGUUUCGAUGAGGUAGCAACAGAAAAUAUCAAAUACUUUUUACUGCCAGCUUUCCUUGGUACACUCGCUACGAAAAUAUGUAAUACAGACGAUCGAAUGCAUAUCGUUAAUGUUGCCGAAAUUUAUUUUGUGGAUUUUCUAAAACGCGUUAAAGCUUACGGUUUAACCGAUAUCGAUGUGCCUGAGAUUACGUCGGAACGCGAGAAAGAAAAUGCAUCCCAGAGAGUUCGAACAAAUGCAGAAUUAAUUACUGAAAUGGUAAACCGAAGAAACACGAAACUGCAAAGGUAUAAAGAGCAAAAAGAGUUAGAAUCACGUUUGCAAAUUUUGAAGAAAAGUUUGUCUGAUCCAAACAUAGAUGAUGAAGUUAAAAGAGAAUAUUUUGUAAUACUUGUCAAGUUGUAUGUAAACUUAACGAUCGAAGAAUUGAACUCUUUAGCUGCUGAAAAGCCAAUUUUAGAACACAUGAAAAAUAUGGGAAAAUCUGACACCAUGUCUACGCAAGUUCCGCAAAAGCAUAAACCAUCCCUGCCAAAAUUACAACCAAUUAUUAUCACUCGAGAUGAAAUGCAGAAAAAAGUGUUUGGAAGUGGUUAUCCUAGUUUACCUGUUCUUACUGUUCAAGAAUUUUAUGAACAACGAGUGAAAGAAGGGGACUGGCCCAAUCCUGCACAACAGCAUCAGGCAAAUUCAAAGUGCUUACAAGACUUGGCAGGCAGUCAGGAAAGGGAUAACGAAGAAGAUAUUAAGAAAGAAGAAAUGAUUGAAGCAGAUGAUCCAGAGACCUUAAGACAAUUACGUGCCAUGGAUGAAUAUAAAGAUACGCACAGAAGAGGAUGGGGCAAUCGUGCUAAUAGAAGUUGAAUGUGAAAGAAUUAUUUGUCUUAUAUCAAAAAUGCGCUGGUAAAAGAGUUUUAUAUGUAUCUUAUCAAUCUUUUAUUUGGCAUUGUAUUGAUAUUAUUUAUAUGUUUCCCAAACUGAUAUAGUAUACUGUUAAAGAUAAUAUUACUGUUGUUUGCAUGACAGUAAUUCAAAAGAAAUAAAAG